AUGAAAAUGUGGCUCUUGGGUUUGGUGUUGUGUGUGGCCCUCGGGACCCUGCAUUCCGAGACGUCUAGAGAGAAGCAGGUGGUUGUGGAUCCUGAAGUGAAUAUGAACGUGAGUGAAAUUAUCUCUUACUGGGGAUAUCCUAGUGAGGAACAUCUAGUGGAGACAGAAGAUGGGUAUAUUCUUGGCCUCCACCGAAUCCCUCACGGGAGGAAGAACCAUUCUGAUGAAGGUCCCAGACCGGUGGUGUUCCUGCAGCACGGCUUGCUGGCCGACUCGAGUAACUGGGUCACAAACCUGCCCAACGGCAGCCUGGGCUUCAUUCUGGCCGACGCUGGCUUUGACGUGUGGAUGGGGAACAGCAGGGGAAACACCUGGUCCCGGAAACACAGGACCCUCUCAGUUUUUCAGGAUGAAUACUGGGCCUUCAGCUACGAUGAGAUGGCAAAUUAUGACUUACCAGCUUCAAUUAACUUCAUUCUGAAUAAAACUGGCCAAGAACAAUUGUAUUAUGUGGGUCAUUCUCAAGGCACUACGAUAGGCUUUAUAGCAUUUUCACGGAUCCCGGAGCUGGCCAAAAAGAUUAAGAUGUUUUUUGCCCUGGGUCCUGUGGCUUCAGUCGAGUUCUCUAGUAGCCCUAUGGCUAAAUUAGGACGGUUUCCAGAUCUUCUCAUUAAGGAUUUAUUUGGGGAGAGAGAAUUUCUCCCCCAGAAUGCAUUUUUGAAGUGGAUGAGUCUGCAUGUCUGCAGUCAUGUCAUUCUGGAGGAGCUCUGUGGAAAUGCCUUUUUCCUUCUGUGUGGAUUUAAUGAGAGAAAUUUAAAUAUGUCUAGAAUAUCUGUGUAUGUGACACAUUCUCCCGCUGGGACUUCCGUGCAAAACAUGAUCCACUGGAGCCAGACUUAUAAGUUGCAAAAGUUCCAAGCCUUUGACUGGGGGAGCAGAGCCAGGAAUUACGUUCAUUACAACCAGACUUACCCUCCUGCUUACCACGUGAAGGACAUGCUUGUGCCCACUGCCAUCUGGAGCGGCGGUCAGGACUGGCUUGCGGACGUCAAGGACGUCAGUGUCUUGCUGACCGAGAUCACCAACCUGGUGUAUGAUGAGUGCAUUCCAGACUGGGAGCACCUGGACUUCAUCUGGGGCUUGGAUGCCCCUUGGCGGCUGUAUGAGAAAAUGAUAAAUCUAAUGAGAAAGUAUCAGUGA